GUGACUAAGAGUCACUCAUUUUCUGCUUCUUACUUCUAUCAAAAAAACCCACAUGAACUCAGCAUAGAUGGGUAAAGGAUAGAUUUGGUGCUCACAGGAAGCCACGCGCCCUUCAAAGUCACUUGUCUUUCUUAGCGCUGCACUUCUUGAGCAAGCUUGGCACUGUCUCACAGACCUUCUUCAGAGCCGUUUUCAGAAAACCAAGCUUCUUCUGGUUGGGUUCAGAUCUGCCUUGAGGAGCCUGUAGGUUUGAAAAUGAACCCCACGGAUAUAGUAGACACCACUCUGGAUGAAAGCAUCUACAGCAAUUACUAUCUCUAUGAAAAUAUCCCCAAGCCUUGCACCAAAGAAGGCAUCAAGGCAUUUGGGGAGCUCUUCCUGCCCCCACUGUACUCCCUGGUCUUUCUGUUUGGUCUGCUUGGAAAUUCCAUGGUGGUUCUGGUCCUGCUCAAGUACAAGCGGCUCAAGUCCAUGACUGAUGUGUACCUGCUCAACCUUGCCAUCUCGGACCUGCUCUUCGUGUUCUCCCUCCCUUUCUGGGGCUACUACGCUGCAGACCAGUGGGUUUUUGGACUAGGUCUCUGCAAGAUUAUUUCCUGGAUGUACUUGGUGGGCUUUUACAGUGGCAUAUUCUUCAUCAUGCUCAUGAGCAUCGAUAGAUACCUGGCAAUUGUACACGCGGUGUUUUCCUUGAGAGCGAGGACCUUGACUUACGGGGUCAUCACCAGCUUGGCCACAUGGUCAGUGGCUAUAUUCGCCUCCCUUCCAGGCUUUUUAUUCAGCACUUGUUAUACUGAGCGCAACCAUACCUACUGUAAAACCAAGUACUCCUUCAACUCCACGAGGUGGAAGGUUCUGAGCUCCCUGGAGAUCAACAUUCUAGGAUUGGUGAUCCCCUUGGGGAUCAUGCUGUUUUGCUACUCCAUGAUCAUCAGGACCUUGCAGCACUGUAAAAACGAGAAAAAGAACAAGGCGGUGAAGAUGAUCUUUGCUGUGGUGGUCCUCUUCCUGGGGUUCUGGACACCUUACAAUGUAGUGCUCUUCCUGGAGACCCUGGUGGAGCUAGAGGUGCUUCAGGACUGCACCUUUGAAAGACACCUGGACUAUGCCAUUCAGGCCACAGAGACCCUGGCUUUUGUUCACUGCUGCCUUAAUCCAGUCAUCUACUUUUUCCUGGGGGAAAAAUUUCGCAAGUACAUUAUACAGCUCUUCAAAACCUGCACGGGCCCUUUUGUGCUCUGCCAAAACUGUAGGUUCCUCCAAAUUUACUCCCCCGACACCCUCAGCUCAUCUUACACACAGUCCACAGUGGAUCAUGAUUUCCAUGAUGCUCUGUAAAAAAUGAAAAUGCAAAAAACAGAGUUAAUAAUCUUCCCAAAUUAAGAGCUUACUUAAAAUUGUAUUAUAAUAAGAGUUCCCUGAGCAAGUGUCAGGAAGAAGACUUACAUCCAUUGCAGAAAGUGGGCUUUUCCCCCUGUAGUCAGCUUUCCUCUAGCCAUAUACGAGUUCAGCGAGGCAGGAGUUCUCCCGGACUUGAGGUGUCCUUCCUCACACCAGGCUUGCCUGCAGGGGUAAAUAAACCUGAGAAGAAUUCUGAGCAGUGUUUCAGUGAAGUUAUAGAUGAUAUUGGAAGGAGAAGACCACUCCCUUCUAAUCUGAACUAAUGGGGUUCUCCAGAGGCGAUCGCGGAGAAUUGACUAGUGGAGUAAAUUGCUACUUCUUGCUGUGAAAAAUAGGCCCUUUAAUUAAUUUCUCGCUUUUGUGGAACAAUAUAGAAAACUUUGACAUGCUGUCCUAGUGUUUUUCUAAUAAUAUAUCUGAAGCAUGAUAUAUUCCAUGAAGCCAAGUGUAUGCAGACACGAAUAGUGAAGUAAUGAACUUAGAUCUUGAUUCUUUUAUUGUAAAGGAUUAUUUGUUAAUGGAAGCCAAACUUUUUAUGCUGAUUACAAGUAUAAGGAUGUGAAGGCAUGAGCAUGUUCUGAUUUCCAAACAUGAAACACAAGGCAUUAAAAAAUCCAAACAUACUUGUGGAAAUUCAAACACAGUUUCAUAUGCUUGUGAACAAGUUUUGUUUUAAUUAUAACAGAUGAAUAUUCAAAAUUUAAAAAUAAUACAUAAGACUAGGUACUUUUAUUUGGGGUCUGUUACUUGUUUACAAACAGUGCCUUCAAAACUAAAAAUAACAAGGACUAAUAAAGUAUGACUUCCUUAAUCAUUUUGAAGUGCC